GCCGGGGCCGGGGCAGGGCCGGCUCCCGAGGAGCCAGAGCCAGAACGGAGGUGUCUGUCCCACGGGGGAGACUUAGCUGGAGGAACGGCCUCCGUGCAACCUUGGGACGCGAACGAUGGGUCUCAUCUCAGAGCUGAAGCUUGCUGUUCCCUGGGGCCACAUUGCGGCCAGAGCCUGGGGCUCCCAUCAAGCUGCCCCUGUUCUCUGCCUUCACGGCUGGCUGGACAAUGCCAACUCCUUUGACAGACUCAUCCCUCUUCUCCCAAAAGACUUUUAUUAUGUUGCCAUGGACUUCGGGGGUCAUGGGCUCUCAUCCCACUACAGCCCAGGUUUCCCAUACUACCAUCAAAACUUUGUGAGUGAGGUCCGGAGAGUUGCAGCAGCCCUGAAAUGGAACCGGUUUUCCAUCCUGGGCCACAGUUUUGGUGGCACUGUGGGUGGAAUGUUUUCCUGUAUCUUCCCUGAGAUGGUGGAUAAACUCAUCUUGCUGGACUCCUCACCAUUUGCCCUGGACAUGAACGAGAUAGACAACUUGCUGACCUGCAAGCGGAGGGCCAUAGAGCAUGUGCUGCAGGUGGAGGCCUCCAGGAAGCCCGCGCAGGCGGUCAGCCCGGAAGAGAUGCUGCAGGGGUUCCUGAAAAACAAUAGCCACGUGGGCGAGGCGUGCGGGAAGCAUCUCCUGCAGAGAGGAACCACACAGGUGGCCACGGGUGUGUGGCUGAACAGAGAUCAGAGGAUCACUUGGCCGGAGCACUGCUUUGAUUUCGUCAGCAGGGAGCUGUUCGUGCAGUACAUCAAAAAUCUGCAGGCCCACGUCCUGCUCAUCAAAGCAACCGAAGGAUAUUAUGCCAUAAGAAGAGAGAACGACGGCAACAGGGAGCCCAUGAUGUUCGUGAGCAGCUCACUUAAGUCUGUCCUGAAACAGAGAUUCCAGUACUUGGAAGUCCCAGGCAAUCAUUAUGUCCACAUGAACCAACCCCAGCAGGUGGCUGGUGCCAUCAGCUCCUUUUUACAGAACAAGGAAGGAACCCCAGCCCCCCUGUAGCCCUGGGCCUGGGGCUACAGCCGCCUGCUUCAGCACCAGACUCCCAGCUCCCAAGCCCAGACCAGUGUGCUGGGGACAGGCCCCUGGUCCCGAAGACCAGCACAGCCAGAAGCGAGUGCUAAGGCAGAGCUGGGGGUGGGGGCGUGGAGGGGUGUAAGAUUCUGACUUCAACAUCUGUGACUUCUGGGGGGUGGGAUGGUGUCUGUUUUGUGACUAGGCAGAGGGUAUGUGUGAGGCCUGAGAUAGGCCCAGCUGGCUUUUAUAGUCCUUUCUUGCCACCCAGCUGCAUAAAAAAU